CAGCGCGGCCGCAGCAGCGGGCCCUUUAGUUCCUAGGAGAACCCGCGGCCCUUGGGCGGAAGCAGGUUUGCGUGGUGGGAGCCGCAGUCGACAGGACUGUCUCUGCUCACCACUUUCUGCGCCAGGCCGCCAUGAAGGACUCGCUGGUGCUGCUUGGCCGUAUCCCGGCGCACCCGGACUCCCGCUGCUGGUUCCUGGCCUGGAACCCAGCGGGAACUCUGCUGGCCUCGUGCGGUGGCGAUCGUAGCGUCCGCAUCUGGGGCAGAGAGGGCGACAGCUGGAUCUGCAAAUCUGUCCUCUGUGAAGGCCACCAGCGCACCGUACGGAAGGUGGCCUGGUCUCCCUGUGGAAAUUACCUGGCUUCUGCCAGCUUUGAUGCCACCACUUGCAUUUGGAAGAAAAACAAGGAUGACUUUGAGUGUGUAACCACUCUAGAAGGCCAUGAAAAUGAGGUCAAGUCAGUAGCCUGGGCCCCAUCUGGCAACCUCCUUGCUACCUGCAGCCGAGAUAAGAGUGUGUGGGUCUGGGAAGUCGAUGAAGAAGAUGAGUAUGAAUGUGUCAGUGUCCUCAACUCCCAUACACAGGAUGUCAAGCAUGUGCUUUGGCACCCAAGCCAGGAGCUGUUAGCCUCUGCCAGCUAUGACGACACAGUGAAGCUCUACCGGGAAGAAGAGGAUGACUGGGUAUGCUGUGCCACCCUUGAAGGUCAUGAAUCCACUGUGUGGAGCUUGGCCUUUGACCCCAGCGGCCAGCGCCUGGCAUCUUGCAGCGAUGACCGUACCGUGCGCAUCUGGCGCCAGUAUCUGCCAGGCAAUGAGCAAGGGGUGGCGUGCAACGGCUCUGACCCCAGCUGGAAAUGUAUCUGCACUUUGUCAGGCUUCCACUCCAGGACGAUUUAUGACGUCGCUUGGUGUCAGCUGACAGGGGCCUUGGCUACCGCCUGUGGGGAUGAUGCCAUCCGAGUAUUUGAGGAGGAUCCCGGCUCGGAUCCACAGCAGCCUACCUUCUCCCUGACAGCCCACUUGCCUCAGGCCCAUUCGCAGGAUGUCAACUGUGUGGCCUGGAACCCUAAGGAGCAGGGGCUCCUGGCCUCCUGCAGUGAUGAUGGAGAGUUGGCCUUCUGGAAGUAUCAGCCAUCUGAAGGCCCCUGAGCCACCCUGACUUUGAAGAGAAUCAUGGUUCCCCAGAAAAUGUUGUAAGACUUUCUCAACCCCCUUGGACCUGGAGGAGUAUCCUCUGCCCUCCUUUAACUUGUCCCUCUUCUGUUCAGACUUGGGUAGAAGCGCAGAGCUGCAGAACCACUCCAUUGACACAGUCCUUGGUAAAGAGUUGCAGGACAUCAGCGCAUUGUACUUAAGUCACAGAUUUGCUUGCUUUAGGGUACAGUGUUAUGUUGGGGGGGGGGGGAUGAUUACACCACUUCACCAUACAGCACCAUAUCUGUGUGUAGGAGGGAGCUCAGCUCUUUCUGGAAACAAUCCAGCUGAAUCCCAAGUCCUGUUUUAUAAGGAGAUUCACAAUUGAAAGAAUUCCAUGGUGAGUCCUUUUCUGAAGUAGAUCCCGCCUUCCCCAUUGCUGGGCAAAUCCUUCUAUUUGAGACAUUCAGUCAACGUUGAAGGAAAUUUUUAAGUAUAGGUUAGAGUAAGAGAUGCUUCUGCCUUCCCUUAGCGAGCCUGACGUACCUUCUGUGCUGUGAGGACAGCUGGAGAGUACUGAGAAAUAAAUGGGGAGGGUGUGAACCCUGAAAGGGAGUUACUGUUGGCCACAAGUCAUGCAUUCUCAGUGGCUGAAAAUUGAUUCUUGGGUGAGGGGCAAGAAAAUCUUAGAGACGGUAAUUUGUGGCUCUCUAAAGGACCAGUAUGUAAAUAUAUUGUGGUCUGUCUAUAUUACCUUUUCAUCACGGGGGUGGGGAUGUGUGCAACCUGUGACCUAUACCACAGCUUGCAGCAAUGCCAGAUCCUUAACCUACUGAGCAAGGCCAGGGAUCAGACCUGCAUCCUCAUGGAUGUACUCCCCAGGUGGGUGGAGACUGUCUUCAAGGCCACAGCCUUAACUUCAUUUUUUACACCACAGAAAUCACACUCUUAGAUUUUGAAGAGAAAGCUGGGGUAGCAUCUAAAGCAGUGGUUCUCAAGAUGUGGUCUGCCAGUCACUGGAAAUCCCUUGAGCUUUCUGGGGGACCAAGAGGUCUCUGCUUGGCACCUUGGCAGGAAGCAAGGCAGUGACACCAAAUUCUACAGUUGUGUCUCCAUGCCUUGCUCUCACAGUAAAAAUACUGCCAACAUCACUGUGAAAUGUCCUCAAGAGAGCCAAUAAAAGUAAGUGUAUGAAAUUUGGACCCUAGAGUAACAUUCUGAUGAUGGGAAGCACGCCUAAGCACUCAUGCCCCCUGCAGAGCGGUCAUCUUGAGGAAAAGCACUUGUGCAGUUGCAAGCUGAAUCAGCUGUGUUCUUCACAGCAUAUUUUCACUUCAAGGAACUAGCAAAUUAUAGUAUUUCAAUUUGGCUAUUAGGAGACAUUUUCUGGUAAAUGAAUCAAAUGAGCCUUUCACUUCAAGGGAAACUGUUUCGCCAAUGAUAAAACGAAAGCCUUCAAGCAAAAAUCAGAAUUUUUGAAAACUUGUAUUGCCGCCAUGAGCUUGCCAUCUUCCCAACAUGUAGACUUUUCUGAGGGGAUUGGUGGUGAUAUGAACAAAUGUGAUUUGUAUGAUGAAGUGUGUUGAUGUUUGGAAGAUUUGCGUAAUUCAGUGAAUGAACAUUUUCCAAAAAUGACUAAUGCACGAUGUUACAAAACUGAGAUAGACUAGGAGUUCCCUGGUGGCCUUAGCAGUUGUGGAUCCAGCAUCAUCAUGGCUAUGGUUUGGGUCACUGCUGUGGCAUGGGUUUGAUCCCUGGCCCAGGAACUUUAGCAUGCUGCAGGCACAGCUAAAAAAAUAAUUUGGAAAAAAAGGAAUAUAGAUUGGUGGGUUUUAGCGUAGGAAUAUAAAAAGCUCCUUGAUGGAGUUCCUUGAUUCCCAUAGUGACACAGCAGAAAAGAAUCUGACUAGUAACCAUGAAGUUGCAGGUUUGAUCCCUGGCCUUGCUCAGUGGGUCAGAGAUCCUGCCUUGCUGUGGCUGUGGCGUAGGCCAGCAGCUGUAACUCUUAAUUCGACCCCGAGCCGGGAACCUCCAUAUGCUGCAGGUGUGGCCCUAAAGAGCAAAAAAAGAAAGAAAAAAAAAAAAAGCUCCUUGGCUAAGGUUUCAUAUUGCCUUCAAGAAACUACCACCUGUGGCGUGGUGACAUACUAUCAAAUAGCCUGUUACCUGAGAAGUCCAUUUAAAAACCUCCUUUUCCAAAAUCAUGUCUGUGACAUCAGCUUCAACUCAAAUACACAGCAGACUGGAAGCAGCUCUGAGAACCCCGACUGUCUUCUAUUAAGCCAGACGUUAAAGAGAUUUGCAAAAAUGUAAAAUGCCAUACUUCUUCCUGGAUUUCUUUUGGAAGUUGUCUUUCAUGAAAAGUUAACAUGUUACUGUUAUUUUAAAAUGCAUUUAAUACUGUAAGUAAAUAUCAAUGGAUAUAACCAUGAUAAUAAAAGCUAUUUGGAGGUCUUGA